AUGGGACGUAGACCUGCAAGGUGCUAUAGGUACUUAUCUAACAAACCUUAUCCAAAAUCCAGGUACUGCCGUGGUGUCCCUGAUCCAAGAAUCAGAAUCUACGACAAUGGCUUCAAAAAGGCUGACUGUGAGUUUUUCCCUAAUUUCCCUAACACAUUAUUUAUUUUAUUUUUUAUUAAAAAUUAUAAAAAAAAAAUUUAAACUUAAAUCGCCUUUAAAUUGAAAAGUAAGUGCAUUCAUCUCGUUUCAGACGAAAAUGAAAACCUUUCCUCAGAAGCUCUUGAAGCAGCCCGUAUCACAGCCAACAAAUACCUCUUGAAGAAGACUGGAAAAGAAGGUUUCCACCUCAGAAUCAGAUGCCACCCAUGGCAUGUCUUAAGAAUCAACAAAAUGCUUUCCUGCGCAGGCGCUGAUAGGCUACAAAUGGGAAUGAGAGGUGCCUUUGGCAAACCUACAGGAAAAGUCGCCAGAGUCAGGAUAGGAGAUGUCAUCAUGUCUGUAAGAGUUAAGGACAGAGAUGUGGAAAAUGCCAAUGAAGCCUUGAACAGAGCCAGAUAUAAGUUCCCAGGCAGACAAAGAAUCAUUGAAAGUGACAAGUGGGGAUUCACCAAGCACACAGUUGAAAAAUACGAACAACUUAGAGCUGAAGGCAGACUUGUCCCUGAUGGAAUUAACGUCAAAGAAAUCACCCAGCACGGACCUUUGGCAAGACUUAAUAUUUUUUAA